UUACUUGCUAAGGUGGUGGUAGCAAGGAACAGCAGGUGGAGGGGAACAGAGCACCUGGACGACUUCCUGCCAGAGAGUAAGCACCUCAGUCUUCAGGAAAGAACGUUCGACAUCGGUGCAUCGAUACGAGUCUCGUGAGUCGCAGCACGAGAGAGCUGGACUUGCACGUUAUUUUAACUCUGUUCGAAGACACCCGAAAGACUUGGGAGAUUCGCACGUGAUUUUCUUAAACUCGCGCUUUGAGCAAAGCGUUAAUGUUCGGGAGAAAAAAUAAAGAGGGUCGCCCGCACCCCAAAAUGAUGUCUUUCUCCAAGUGCGUUCGGUGAACUUCUCUUACGGAACCGAUAAAGUGCGAUUGUUACAGGCGUAUUAAUUACUGUUCCAUCACGGAAUUGCGCCGAAAUAGCUGCCUCUUCAAUUUUUCGGAACGAGAAGACAUACAAGUUACAGAUUAAAGUUCCACGCGGAAGCUGGCCCUCGCGCUAAGGAAAUGGAACGCGCGGCACUUUGCUUCCUUUUCGUCGCACUGAUUUGCAAAAGUGUCAGUGGCGCUGGAUGCGGUUAUCCAGGUGCACCGGCACAUAGCAGCGUACGUUUCACCGGCACAGACAUCAACGAUGUCAUAGAUGAGGAAGAUGCCCUUCUUAAGGAUACCACGUUACCGGAGGGUACCGUAGCUACGUAUUCCUGUGAACGAGGAUUCGAGCUAUUGGGACCAGCGAGAAGAGAGUGCCAAGCCGAUGGAAUGUGGACACCGGAGGGUGUACCCUUCUGCGUUCUGAACGUGGCUGGCGGCAAAGCACCGAUGCAAUCCAGCAGCGCGGAGGGCGGAAUUCCGCAACGCGCCGUUGAUGGAAGCAGCGGUCAGAUUUACACGCCGCAAACUUGCACCCUGACGAGGCCCGAACGUAGACCGUGGUGGUACGUGAACCUGUUGGAACCGUAUAUGGUUCAGCUGGUGCGAUUGGACUUCGGUAAACCGUGUUGCGGUGACGAUGUUCCCGGUACUAUCAUCGUUCGAGUCGGUAAUAAUCGUCCAGAUUUAGGAACAAAUCCUAUUUGCAAUCGAUUCACCGGAACUUUAGAGGAAGGACAGCCUCUUUUCUUACCUUGCAACCCGCCGAUGCCUGGUGCCUUUGUCUCGGUGCAUCUGGAAACUGCAUCUGGCGAUAUUCCCGUGCAGUUAUCUUUAUGCGAGGCAUUCGUUUACACUGAUCAGGCUUUGCCGAUUGAAAGAUGUCCUCAAUUCCGGGACCAGCCACCAGGAUCAACAGCAACUUACAAUGGCAAGUGUUACAUAUUUUACAACCGUCACCCACUGAUAUUCAGAGAAGCUUUGGCUUUCUGCCGUGCACGAGGUGGUACUCUCGUGGAUGAGAGCAAUCCUGCUCUACAAGGAUUCAUUUCGUGGGAACUAUGGAGACGGCAUAGGAGCGACACAUCCAGUCAAUAUUGGAUGGGCGCAGUUAGAGAUCAGAAAGAUCGGACAUUAUGGAGAUGGACCGGAAGUGGCGAGGAAGUGUCCGUCUCGUUUUGGAGUUUACCACAAGGUUCGGAAGAGGAUUGCGCUCGAUAUGACGGAAGCAGAGGCUGGCUUUGGUCUGAUACACCUUGCACAGCGCGACUCAAUUUUAUCUGUCAGCAUCAACCACAAGCUUGCGGCAGACCUGAGCAGCCGCCAAAUUCAACGAUGGCAGUAACCACCACGUCAACCAGGACUCCUGGCAGCGUAUACGAAGUCGGUGCGUCAGUGGAGUACAGUUGUAAUGUGGGUAGCCUUCUAAUUGGACCGGCGACCCGUACUUGCCUCGACACCGGUUUUUACAACGAGUUUCCGCCAGUGUGCAAAAAUAUCGAAUGCGGUUAUCCCGCAAGCAUAAAACAUGGUGGUUACACGCUCAUCAAUAACACCGUCAAUUAUCUCAGCCAAGUGCUUUAUUCUUGCGAGGAAGGAUACGAAAUGACCGGACGCGCCCGAUUGACUUGUGAUAUCGACGAGCGUUGGAAUGGACCGCCGCCGCGAUGCGAGCCGAUUCUUUGCGAUCCACCGGCCAUAGUUGCGCAUAGUUAUGUGCAAAUAGACGAAAUCGAUGAAAGCGAAAGUGUCUCGUUGAAAAACAAUCUCAAUAGAAGUCUGCUAGUUGGUAGCAUCGUCACCUAUACGUGCGAGAAGGGUUAUCGACUCGUUGGUUUCCGGCAAAUACUCUGCUUAGCUACCGGAUUAUAUGAUCACGUCGCACCCACUUGCAUAGCAGAGGAAGCGCGGACAACCGUGAGUAUUCCUACUCGAGGAACGAUACGACCGUCGACGCCGAAAGUUCGGCCAUAUCUCACCCCUAGAAUUCGAACUACGACGAGCGCGGCAACGAUUACCACUAGUACAACUUCUUUGCCAGCUAGAAAGGUACCUAACGCCGCGGAACUUCCAGCUACAGUGCGGGAGACGAUCUCGAAAAGGCCGAGUAUCGGGUUGAAUAAACCCGGGUUACCAUCAUCGGUACUCAAUGACGCCGGUAGCGAUCAUCCGCAAGACAACGAGAUAUCCGGAAGCGGGGUGGAUCACGCUCAAGCGGGGAUCGGGGCGGCUAUUCCGGAACCUUCCGGCCCCUUCCGGGUAGACGAUCAACCUAGUGGUGCGCAUCAGGCCAAGUUGAACCUAGGUGCCGUGAUCGCCUUAGGAGUGUUCGGCGGCUUUGUGUUCCUCGCCGCGGUGAUCACGACGGUGGUUAUACUCAUACGCAGAAACCGCGGAAGAAGCAGUAAACAUUAUCGUCAUCGUGCAUCGCCCGAUUGUAACACCGUUGCCAGUUUCGAUAGCAGUUCGUCGGAAAGUCGAGGAGGUCUGAAUCGUUAUUAUCGUCAAGCCUGGGAAAAUCUACACGAGACCGCCGGUCAUAAGACCAGCCAUCCGCCGCUUCGUCGUAAGGAGACCCUGGAUGAACCAGGGUACCGAGAGAACUUUCGCGGUAACAACAACACUGAGCGCGAUGGCUCGGAAUUAGUCGUCAGUGAUGUCGCCGCUUAUCCAUCAAGUAAGCACGCAAGCAUCUCCGAUAAGAAGCGUCAUCAUCACCAUCAUCAUCAUCAUCAUGGCAACGCGACACCUGAUUGGAGACAAUCACAGUCUCACCACCGAUACUAAAUGGAAGAUAAAAUUAUGAAACAUAAAAAAUUUUAUCAUUAAAGCGCUACAUUAUUCGCUACAUCGUCAUCUACAAUUAUGUGAAUAAUGAUUUCUAGAAAAUGUAGAGAGAGAGAAAGAAAGAGAGAGAGAGAGACUAUAUAGUGAAUGGUUUCACAAUGUUUCUUACGCGGGUCAACAAAUCUUCCUUAAAUGAGGGAGCACAGCGAAUCUUCUACUAAUAAGUAGUGUCUAGAUAACAAAAUUGAAAAAUAGAUCCUACGUAUAUUAUUCUAUUAUGUUA